ACUUGCUUGGACUAGUACAUUGCACAGUUUGGGAGCUUGCAACUUAAAAAUAAGUUAGAAAAUUCUUGGACUAGCAAUUUCUAUCCUUUCAUUGGAUGUCAGACAAGUGGUGGCAUCUGCAAAGCCAGAAAAGGAAAGGCUUGCCUUAUACAAACAGCUCAGUGUAGUGACACAAUGGCUCCAAUAUAAAGUGUUGCUUGACCUGAGCUUUGAAGGCAAAGGAACAAAGAAACAAGUGACUAUUUUUGAGACCAAGGAAAAUUGAAAAAGCAUCAAAAUCAUCUCAUGAUGGAGAAAUUUAAGGCUGCUUUGUUGCUGGCAGGGGUAGGGGAUGCUCUGGGCUAUCGAAAUUUCACACGGGAAAAUAAUGCAUUGGGUGCAAAGAUCAAAGAGGAACUGAAACAAAUUGGAGGACUCGAGAACCUGGUUCUGUCGUCUGACAAAUGGCCAAUCAGUGAUAAUACUCUUAUGCACAUGGCUACAGCUGAAGCUCUCAUCACAGAUUACUGGUGUUUAGAAGACCUAUAUCGGGAACUUGUAAAACGUUAUGUUGAUGCUACUGACAAACCUCCUGGGAGAUGGUCAGACCCUGCUACUAUUGAAGGUUGCUCACAGCUGAAGCCAGACAACUAUCUCCUAGCUUGGCACACACCAUUUAAUGAGAAAGGUUCAGGAUUUGGAGCAGCAACAAAAGCCAUGUGCUUAGGGAUGAAAUACUGGAAGCCUGAGAGGCUGGAAACUCUCAUUGAAGUGAGCAUUGAAGUUGGACGAAUGACUCAUAAUCAUCCUACAGGGUUUUUAGGAUCACUGUGCACAGCUCUGUUUGUUUCAUAUGCAAUACAAGGAAAGCCACUGGUACAGUGGGGAAGAGAAAUGAUGAAGGUUGUCCCAAUGGCUGAAGAAUACUGCAAAAAGACUAUUCGGCACAUGGCAGAAUAUCAGGAGCACUGGUUUUACUUUGAAGCAAAAUGGCAGUUUUAUUUGGAGGAGAGAGAAAUCAAUGAAGAAAACCAGAAUAAGCCCCACUUUCCUGACAAUUAUGAUGGUGAGGAAAGAGAAAAGACUUACAGGAGAUGGAGUUCUGAAGGUCGUGGUGGAAGGAGAGGUCAUGAUGCUCCCAUGAUUGCAUAUGAUGCUCUCUUAGGAUGUGGUAGUGAUUGGACAGAGCUUUGCAACCGAGCAAUAUUUCAUGGUGGUGAGAGUGCAGCCACUGGAACUAUUGCUGGCUGUUUGUAUGGAUUGCUUUAUGGGCUCAACAAGGUUCCUAAAGGCUUGUACCAGGAUCUUGAACAAAGGGAGAGGCUAGAAUACCUGGGAGAGACUAUUUUCCGGCUAUCUUCAGAGGAAAAGUAACAAUGUUUUUUGCCGUUUUCUUUUCUUUUUAAAGGAUUGUAUCAUAUCCUGUAGCCAAAUUCCUAAGGAAACAACCUAAACAUGUUGGCAACAAGUCUGAAAAAGAAGUGUGUGCCCCUAAGUCCCAAUGAAGUCACACGUUGUUUAAGAUCAUAGUAGUAGGUGGCAAUAUUCUGUCCAUUUACUUUGAAAUAAUCCCAACGCUCCAGUUAGAGGUUUCUUGAUACAACCAAAGGACCAUUUCACAUUUUACAUUUUAGAGUGUACACCUAAGAUUUCUGUAAGUGUACCCCUAAAAAUGUAAUGUGUGAAUGAAACAAGCGAAUAACACUCAUCUGAGAUAGAAUUGGCUGCAGCUCCCUGUCAAGUGUACACUGUGUUUCAAAUCUGUAUUUGCUGCCUUGUGAUGUCUAGAAAAUCCCGAACUUUGCUAAUAUUGCCAAUACUAGGAAGUUAUUUAAAAUAUGGCAGAACACAAAUACAUUUAAAAAUUAUAAAAAUAGAUGUAGCGAAACACAACUUUACAAAUAUUCCUGAUUUCCUA